GUCAAUGGAAAAGAAAGAGAGUGGAAUUUAUUUUGGAGCAGAUGAGGCUCUACCUAGCUGUGAAGAAUUACAUUCGAACACAAAUCAUCAGCAAGAAAAUUAACACCAAAUUUUUCCGGGAAGAAAAUACAAAGAAAUUAAAGUUGAAGUACUAUAAUUUAACGAUUCAGCUGGAUCAACAUGAGGGAUCCUAUUUGUCUAUUUGUAAGCACUGCAGAGCAAUAUAUGAUACUCACUGUAUACAGGCAGAAAGUGAAAAAUGGCAGCAGGCUCUGAAGUGUGUUGUACUCUAUGUCAUCCUGGCUCCUUUCGACAAUGAACAGUCUGAUUUGGUUCAUCGAAUAAGUGGUGACAAGAAAUUAGAAGAAAUUCCCAAAUACAAGGAUCUUUUAAAGCUUUUUACCACAAUGGGGUUGAUGGGUUGGUGCACACUUGUUGAGGACUAUGGAAUGGAAUUAAGAAAAGGUUCCCCUGAGAGUCCUGCAACUGAUGUUUUUGGUUCUACAGAGGAAGGCGAACAAAGGUGGAAAGACUUGAAGAACAGAGUUGUUGAACAUAAUGUUAGAAUAAUGGCCAAGUAUUAUACUCGGAUAACAAUGAAAAGGAUGGCACAGCUUCUGGAUCUAUCUGUUGAUGAGUCUGAAGCCUUUCUCUCAAAUCUAGUGGUUAACAAAACCAUCUUUGCUAAAGUAGACAGAUUAGCAGGAAUUAUCAACUUCCAGAGACCCAAGGAUCCAAAUAAUUUAUUAAAUGACUGGUCUCAGAAACUGAACUCAUUCAUAUCUCUGGUUAACAAAACUACACAUCUCAUAGCCAAAGAGGAGAUGAUACAUAAUCUACAAUAAAGGUCUUAAUGCUUUUAGAAAACAGUUACAAUUGGAAGUAAUUAAAAAAAAAAAAAGACUGUUA